AUGUCAAGGCUUGAGGAAUUUCUGACAUUAGAGAGCUUAUUGGAGAUUGAUUUUGUGUCUUUAUCAUCAUACGCUUCUUUCUUUGCUUCUGCUAUAGGCGUUGCUGAUGACUUAGCAGGGACAAAGGACAAUGAAAGGAAGAGGUCUGCUCCACUAGAAUUGGAAGAGAUUCGAAAGCAUUUUGAUGUGCCCAUUACAAAAGAAGCAAAGGAGAUGAAAGUGGGAUUGACGAUUUUGAAGAAGAGGAGUAGAGAGCUCAAAAUAAUGAGAUGGCCACACAGGAAAAUCAGAAGCUUGAAGUCUCUUAUCAACAAUAUCAAGGAGAUGGGCUUGACUAAUGAGAUAAUGAUGCUAGAGGAGCAUCAAAGGCUUCUAGAGAAAAAGCCAGAUAUGGAGUUCAGUGAAACUACUAAGAAGCUUAGACAAGCGAUUUUCAAAGCAAAUUACAAGAAGAAAAGGUGCCUGGUAGCUCACCAUAUUUGA